GUGUGGCAACAUUUCAGUCACCACGCGAUUUUCGACGAAAAUUUUUCGUGAAUCUCUUGAAGUUCUUGGGGAUUCUGGAAGAAAUAAUUAGAUUCACGAAAUUUAGCUAAAUAAAACCACUAUCAAAAUGUACGGCCAACAACCCAUUUUAGUGCUCAGCCAAAACACAAAACGUGACUCCGGCCGGAAAGUUCAACUGGAGAAUAUAAACGCUGGAAAGGCGAUAGCCGACGUUAUUCGAACAUGCCUCGGGCCUCAGGCGAUGUUGAAAAUGUUGAUGGACCCAAUGGGAGGCAUCGUGAUGACCAACGACGGCAACGCUAUCCUCCGUGAGAUCACCGUGCAGCACCCGGCCGCUAAAUCCAUGAUCGAAAUCGCCAGAACUCAGGAUGAAGAGGUUGGUGACGGCACAACAUCAGUCAUCGUCCUGGCCGGAGAGAUGCUUGCCGUGGCUGAGCAGUUCUUGGUGCAGAACAUCCACCCCACAGUCAUCAUCAGGGAGUACCGACAGGCUCUCGAGGAUGCCGUCAAACUGCUGCAGGAAAAGAUCUCUGUUCCCAUUGACUUGAAUGAUAGAGACAAGCUGAAGGAAGUUAUCCGAUCAUGUGUGGGCACCAAGUACAUUGGCCGCUGGGCUGACCUGGCCGUGGACAUCGCUCUUGAUGCAGUCAACACCGUCACCAUCAAUGACAACGGCAGAGUUGAAGUUGACAUUAAGAACUAUGCGAAAGUAGAGAAGAUCCCCGGUGGUACUAUCGAAGAGUCCCGCGUUCUCAACGGUGUGAUGUUCAACAAGGACGUGACUCACGCCAAGAUGCGUCGUUACAUCGAGAACCCCAGGAUCAUACUGCUGGACUGUCCUCUGGAGUACAAGAAGGGAGAGAGCCAGACUAAUAUUGAGAUUAUGGGAGAACAGGACUUCACAAGACUACUUCAAUUAGAAGAGGAGCACGUACAGCGCCAAUGCGAGGAGAUCAUCGCGCUGAAGCCUGACGUCAUCUUCACGGAGAAGGGAGUGUCCGACCUGGCGCAACACUACCUCGUUAAAGCUGGCAUUACUGCUAUCCGCAGACUCCGUAAAACCGACAACAACCGUUUGGCCCGUGCUUGCGGCGCCACCAUCGUCAAUCGUACUGAAGAGCUGAAGGAGUCUGAUGUGGGCACCGGCGCCGGCAAGUUUGAGAUCAAGAAGAUUGGAGACGAAUACUUUACCUUCGUUACUGAGUGCAAGAACCCUAAGGCGUGUACCAUCUUACUGCGCGGUGCUUCAAAGGACGUACUUAAUGAAAUUGAAAGGAAUCUUCAGGAUGCUCUCCAUGUUGCUAAGAAUUUGGUGCUGAACCCUCGUUUGGUGGCGGGUGGCGGCGCGGUGGAGAUGGCGGUGUCGCAGGCGCUGGCCGCCAACGCCGCACACAAUACCCCCUACCGCGCGGUAGCUCAGGCACUCGAAAUAAUCCCCCGCACCCUAGCACAGAACUGCGGAGCCAACACAAUUCGCACUCUCACCGCCCUCCGCGCCCGCCACGCCGCCGGCAGCAGCUCCGCCGGCAUCGACGGCGAUACCGGGGAGAUUGUCGACAUGCCCGUCAAGGGGAUCUGGGAACCGCUCGCUGUUAAGUUGCAGGUAUACAAAACGGCAGUAGAAACAGCGAUCCUUCUCCUCAGAAUCGACGACAUUGUCUCUGGCUCAAAGAAGAAGGACGGCAAUGAGCCCGCCACACCGUCACAAAUGGCCGCCGGCAUGGAAUAACUUUACAACUAGCCUUUAACAUUCUAAUUUACUUUGUUCAAGGACUAAAUCUAGAACACACUAAAAUCAUAGACAUAUCUUACUUUGUAACUGCAGACAAAGACUGCCUAUAUUCAAAAACACUUUUUUUAAUAAGAAGGUUUGUAUGGUUUUAUGUAGUGUUAUGUGUCUAUGGUUGUUUGUCUAUGGUUUUGGUGAAAUUUUCCAAAGAUUGGCUCAGAGUGAAAGCUUGUUUGUGUCAUUGUACAAUACUCGCACUCAUAAAGUGAAUGUUUCUUAUGAUAUAUUUAGGUAUCGUUAGCUAACACCUUAUAAUAUCGCUUAUAGGCCAGUAUUAGGUUGAAACGGUGCAAAUAGUACGCUAGCCCACCCAAGAGCACCUUAGCACGUUAUAGACUCGAAUCCAUCCAAAGUACAUAUAAAUAAUAAAUAUAUUUACUAAGUGAACGAUGUAUCAACAGGCCUAAAUACCUCAAAAGUAUUUAAGAUUUAGUCCUUGAACAAAAACCGUAUUAAAAAUAACUAGUUCAUAGUUAUCGUGAACUGAAAUGUUUGAAUUAUUAAUUUUAAUAAAUCAGUUUGCGAUUUGUUAUAGAUAGCUUUCGCUUAAUCUAGUGCUAACGAUGCCUUAUUUAAAUCGUUCCAUCACUCUAAUAAAAUAAUGUCUAAUGUAAUAACUACUUUAUGUAUUUCUGGUUAUUUAUCAUAAUUUUUCGUCUGUACACAAGAGUGCAUUUAAGUUCUACAAUUGCUAUUUUAAAAGUGAACAAUAUUAGUAUUAAAGUUUUAUAUAUCUAA